AUGCGCGCCGAGAUCGACCACAUCGAGACGGCGUACGCCAUCGUCUGCGAUAAGAAGUACUGGCAAACGACUGCAAUAUCGGGCCAAUCUAUGAAGUUGGUGCUGUAUAGGCCGGCCAGUGGCAUGCGUUACCAGACUCCCCAGCACUUCCCCAUUCAACACCACAAGUCCCUGCGAGAAUUUCGCAAUUGA